GUGGCCAACAAAGAGAUCGCCGUAGCUGUUCUUUUCCCGUUCUUCUCGAAAGAAAGGCGUCAGAGAGAGAGAGAGAGAGAGAGAGAAAGAGAGGAAGGAGAUUGGUUUAGGAGGUGGAAAUGGGGGAAAAAGAGGAGGGACAGGGCAGAAGGGACGAGGCGGAGGCGAUGGCGGUGAGAGAAUGGGUAGAGGAGCAGGAGGCGGAGGAGGAAAGGGAGGGGGAGAAGGGGGUGGCGUUGAGAUGGGAGAGGUUCUUGCCGAGGGUGCCGGUGAGGGUGUUGCUCGUGGAAGGGGACGAUUCUACUCGGCAGAUCAUCGCUGCGCUCCUCAGGAAGUGUAGCUACAGAGUUGCUGCAGCAUCAGAUGGCUUGAAGGCAUGGGAUGUGUUGAUGGAGAAACCCCAGAGUGUAGACCUUGUUCUGACUGAGGUUGACUUGCCAUCAAUCUCAGGGUUUGGCCUUCUCACCAUGAUAAUGGAUCAUGAGAGCUGCAGGAACAUUCCAGUCAUAAUGAUGUCUUCGCAUGAUUCCAUCAGCAUGGUUUUCAAAUGCAUGUUGAAAGGUGCAGCGGACUUUCUCAUUAAGCCAAUCCGCAAGAACGAGUUGAGGAACUUAUGGCAGCAUGUCUGGAGAAGGCAAAUUGUAGAUGGACAUGGUGGCACACAUAAUAUUCAAGACAAACAUGAGGCAAUGCAUAAAAUGAAAGCUCAUUAUGGUGAAAAAGAACAUUCAAUUGAGAAUAUUGCUAUUGUGCAGGCAAAUAAGGAAUUUGGUGAGCAAGGGAGUGAUGCUCAAAGCUCUUGUACAAGGUCAGAUGUGGAAGCUGAAAGUACCCACAAGCAACUGAAGCUUAAGCAGACAAAAGUAGUGGAUGCAUUUAUGACUCAGAAUGGAGGGAAUAUUCAAAUGGACAAUGGAUCAUUCAAUUAUGAAAAUUCAUUUACUGCAGCGAGUGAAAAUGUUGAUGAGGUACAAGAAUGCUUGGGCUACAAAAAAACCAACAAUAAGAAUUAUGACCAGAAAUGUCAUCAUGAAAUAAUUUCUAAGGAUGAUGAUUUGGUCCAUGUGGUUGAUAAUCAACCACAGGGUAGACUCCCCUCUAGAGACAUUGUUCAUGUUACCAAUGUUAAGCACAAGUUAAGUGCUGCACCUUAUUUGGAGCUUUCUUUGAAAAGAUAUGAGGGAACAUUCCCUGAGAAGCAAGAAUGUGGUGGCUCCAACAUAUGGAACCAUUCAAGUUCGUCAGCAUUCUCACUGUACACCGGUAGGAUGGUAAUACCUACCAUGUUGGAACAAAAGAACUCAUCAUCUGAAACAAAUGGACUCGAUCCUAUUGAGCCUCUUAAAGACUGGGAUUCUAGGGGGAAUUCGGAAGAGACUAAGUCCUCAGAUGUGGGACCUUCAGUUCAAGAUGGAAUGGCAGUUCAAUGCACCCCACUUCGAGUUAUUCCAUUUCCUCUUCCUGUUGGAAGCAUGCCUUCGAGUUCUGGGUAUGGUACAGCAAUGCAACAGAUGUUCUAUCCACAGUCAGGUCAUCCUUUUUGGAGUACCAAUCCAUCAAUAUGGCGGGAAGCAACCAUGAAGACAAACUCAUCAAUCCAACCUUGCCAAAAGAAUUGCAACUCUGUGCAAUGUGACCUUCCUGAUGAGGAGAAUGUCAGAAGCUCAUGCUACCCUUCUGCAGGAAAGCAGGAGGAACUUAUGCAACUCGAUGAACAGAGGCAAGUUUCAUCUGCAGAAGGAGAAAGUGGUAGCAGUAGCAUAUGCAAUGGUAGCAGAAAUUUUAAAAGCAGCGAAUGUGGGAGUGUUCUCAGUGGAACUACUGGACACACGUCUGCAACACAUGUUUUCAGGCCCAUAACAGUGACAGGAAAUGAUGAGAGUAAAUUGACUUGUGAUGGAUCAAAACCAGAAGAUUGUCAUCUUUUAACCCAAAGGGAAAUUGCCUUGAAUAAAUUCCGACUGAAGAGGAAAGAAAGAUGCUUUGAGAAGAAGGUUCGCUACCACAGCAGAAAACUACUUGCAGAGCAGCGUCCUCGAGUGAAGGGACAGUUUGUUCGUCAAGAGAGACCGGAACCUCAACCAGGGCAAGCAAGUGCCUUUCAAAGCGAGUCAGCUGCCGCAUAGUUUUGCUUUCAUACCAUCUAAAUCACAUUGACCAUAUGAUCUUCGGUAGUUGACCAGUGUAGCUGCACUAACAUAAUAGAUCUUGUGACAAGUUUGCUUUGUAAGAUAGAUUUGCUUCGUAUGCCCUUCUUUUCCGGUUUGAAACUCCACUCUAGGUUGUUGAUACAGUAACAGUAUGCAAUGUGGUGUAAUAUUUGUCAUUAGAGAUCUCAAGAAAUGUGGUGGCCAGAGCAAGUCACUUGCUCAUAUACUUUAUGUAUCUUGUACAUAACGUUAUGUUGUCAUUGUCCAACUCACUUUUUGCCUCUUCA